CGUUAAAAGCCCAUUUCCAAAGAAAAUUAGGCCCCAAUUUCCAAAACCCACAUUUCUUCUCUUGCAUAACUGAUCAAUCAAUCAUUUUCGUUAAAAGGGUUUUAGCUACUGCUGAAGAAGAAGAAAAGAAGAAGCAGACGGGUUGAAAUUGCAUAAUGGGAAGAAGAAUACUGAACGAUGCCUUGAGAACCAUCGUCAAUGCCGAAAAGAGACGUUUCGCUACUGCUGAGCUCAAGCCCAUCUCCAAUGUUCUCUCCUCUUUCCUGCAAAUCAUGAAAUACAGAGGUUUUUUGCGUGAAGAAGAUAGACAAUUGAGAGAAAAUGACGUGGAGAUAGUGAGGAAAGAAAAAUGCAUAAGUUACAUCAAGGAUUUUCAAGUGCACGAUCAGCACAGGGUAGGGAGGAUCACUGUGCAGUUGCUGGGUAGAGUUAAUGAUUGUCGGGCUAUCACUUAUAGGCAAGACGUUAAGGCUCAGUACAUCGAGAAUUACAAAACUCGUGCUCUUCCAACACGUCAGGUAUGGUUUGUUUUCCUUCAGUUCUUUACUGUGGGGUUAUGUUGUGAUCACAACACCGAAUGGAGUCCUCGAUCACGAGGAGGCUAUUCGACAAAACGUUGGCGGUCAAGUUCUUGGAUACUUUUACUGAUGGAUUUCUAUUGUUCUAGAGAGAAGAAGCCCGAGUGAGGCAAUCUUCGUUUUGUGUACCUUCUUUUCUAGCUAAGAAAGAUAAGGAACAACUUUAUUACUGUAUGGAGCUCCAUUUGGAGUUAUGCCUGGGAGAAACUUGAUGAUGAUCAACUGCUGCUGACAUGUUCUUUGUUUUUUUAGCCUUUUGCAUCUGUUUGAAGUAUAUAUGAAGUCAGUUUAGUUUUUCCCUGUAAUAAUUCCUUCUUCCCAGGCUUUGGGUUUUCUCAUUAUUCACUCUCGAAGCUAACUCAAGAUAUUCCAUGCUUAAUUUUCUAUUUUGCAGUGUUUGGAAAAUGAAGUUGAGAUUUGAUAUUAUUAUUCUUUUUCAUUUGAAAGAUGAAAAGAAUUGUGGAUUAUUAUUUGUAUGUUAAC